CACCACCUCCUCCCACCGCGCACUCUUGCACACACUCGAUAUCCACCUCAAAGCUCUUCUUGACCAUCAAAACCUCUAGCCUGCUUACCGACCCAAGCAGCCGCUCGAGCCUUCCACCGACACCAUGAAGAUCAACAUCGCCAACCCCGCCACCGGCGCCCAGAAGCUCAUCGACAUUGAGGAUGAGCGUCUUGUCCGUGUCUUCUACGACAAGCAGAUCUCGCAGGAGGUCCCCGCCGACUCGCUCGGCGACGAGUGGAAGGGUUACGUCUUCCGCAUCACCGGCGGCAACGACAAGCAGGGUUUCCCCAUGAAGCAGGGUGUCCUCCUCUCGACCCGUACCCGCCUCCUCCUCGCCGACGGCCACUCGUGCUACCGUGCCCGCCGCACUGGUGAGCGCAAGAGGAAGUCGGUUCGCGGCUGCAUCGUCGCCUCGGACAUCCAGGUCCUCUCGGUCGUCAUUGUCAAGCAGGGCGAGCAGGAGAUUGCCGGCCUCACCGACGUUGUCCUCCCCAAGCGCCUUGCCCCCAAGCGCGCUACCAAGAUCCGCAAGUUCUUCAACCUCUCCAAGGAGGACGAUGUCCGUGCCUACGUUGUCCGCCGUGAGGUCGAGACCAAGGCCGGCAAGAAGUACACCAAGGCUCCCAAGAUCCAGCGUCUCGUCACCCCCCAGCGUCUCCAGCGCAAGCGCCACCUCCAGUCGCUCAAGAAGCGCCGCACCGAGGCCCAGAAGGAGGUCAAGGCCGACUACGACGCCGCCGUCGCCAAGCACCACGCCGAGCGCAAGGCUGCCCUCGCCGCCCACCGCGCCGCCAAGAAGGCCCAGGCUUAAACUGCCUGUCAUGGUUCUUCUUCCUCUGCGGGUCGGGAGUUGGGUAUUGGUCUCUCUUCAUACUCGCAAUGUAUAGCAUGCGAUCACGGGCGUAGGUUUGGGGGGAAGCCCCCUAGGGUUGCGUAGAUGUGUUGUUUCGUACAGGCGUAUCUAUGCUACCAACUGAUUCUACA